CUGAAGAUUCCAACAUUCCAAGGAAGGAGUGACUCCGAAGCUUAUUUGGAGUGGGAGAGAAAGGUGGAUCUCAUCUUUGAAUGUCACAACUAUUCCGAGGAGAAAAAGGUUAGACUUGCUGCUAUUGAAUUCACUGACUAUGCUAUAGUUUGGUGGGAUCAAUUGACAACCAGUACAAGGCGAUACGGAGGAAGACAAGUUUCGACUUGGGAAGAAAUGAAAAGCAUAAUGCGUAAGAGAUUUGUACCUUCUCAUUAUUUUCGUGAAUUGUAUCAAAAAUUACAAUCUAUGAAACAAGGUACUAAAUCUGUUGAUGAGUACUACAAAGACAUGGAGAUUGCCAUGAUUAGGGCAAAUGUUGAAGAAGAUAGAGAAGCAACUAUGGCUCGAUUCUUAUGUGGGCUGAAUAGGGAGAUUGCAAACAUUGUGGAGCUUCAACACUAUGUGGAGUUGGAGGACAUGGUUCAUAUGGCCAUGAAGGUGGAGGGACAAUUGAAGAAGAAGGGAACAAUCCAAAAGAAUUUUUCAACAAGUUCUCAUUCUUCAAGGACAAAAGAGUGGACUUCAACCAAACCCAAUUUUGGGGCAGGUUCUAAACCCCAAAAUGAGGCGUCGACAUCCAAGUCCAAAGAAUUUGAGAAGGGUAAAGGUAUUUCUACUUCUACUUCUACUCGAAAUAGAGAUAUCAAAUGUUUUCGUUGUCAAGGUGUUGGACACAUUGCAUCUCAAUGUCCAAACAAAAGGGUGAUGAUUUUGAAGCCAAAUGGAGAGAUAGAAUCUGAAAGUGAACGUGAAGAUGAUGAUGAGGAGGAGGAGGAUAAACAAUUGGAGGAGAUUGAACCAGAACAUGGAGAACUUUUGGUGGUUCGAAGGGCUCUAAACAUGCAAAACAGAAACGAUGAUCAUUCUGAAAUGGUGGAAAAGUUGAGCUUAACAACGGAAAAACAUCCUAAUCCGUACAAGCUACAAUGGCUUAAUGAAUGUGGAGAAAUUCGAGUGACUAAGCGAGUUCUAAUUUCGUUUUCAAUUGGCAAUUAUAAAGAUGAUGUUCUUUGCGAUGUUGUGCCAAUGCAUGCUAGUCACAUUCUUUUGGGGAGGCCAUGGCAGUUUGAUCGUAGAGUGACUUAUGAUGGAUUUCACAACCACUACACCUUCAAGCACAACAACAAGUCUAUUAUGCUUGUGUCUUUAAUACCUCAACAAGUUCAAGAGGACCAACAGAAAUUGUCACAAGCAAGGAGAGCUCGUGAGGUUGAGAGGAAAAGAAGUGAGAGCAUUGAAAAAGAGUCGAGUGAAAAAAAGAAGCAUGAGUCCAUGUGCUGUUCCGGUAAUUGUUGUUUCUAAGAAAGAUGGUCAUGGAGGAUGUGCAUCGACUGCCGAGCAAUCAACAAAAUCACGGUAAAGUAUCGCUAUCCUAUUCCUAGGCUAGAUGAUAUGCUUGAUGAAUUGCAUGGUUCUGUUGUGUUUAGUAAGAUCGAUUUGAAAAGUGGUUAUCAUCAAAUUCGAAUUAGAGAAGGAGACGAAUGGAAAACAGUCUUUAAAACAAAAUUUGGUCUAUAUGAGUGGUUAGUAAUGCCUUUUGGUUUAACUAAUGCACCAAGUACUUUCAUGAGGUUGAUGCACCAUGUUUUGAGAAAAUUCAUUGGAAAAUUUGUGGUUGUUUAUUUUGAUGAUAUUCUUGUCUAUAGCAAAAAUGUGAAUGAACAUCUUAACCAUGUGCGUGCAGUUUUGGAUACCUUACGAAAAGAAUCAUUGUAUGCAAAUCUCAAAAAGUGUUCUUUUUGCAUGGAUAAAGUUAUUUUUCUGGGUUUUGUUAUAAGUGCUAAUGGGAUUGAAAUGGAAAAAGAGAAGGUGAAAGCUAUUUUAGAAUGGCCAAUUCCUCAAAAUGUAGCACAAGAUGUUUGUUUUUAUUGGGGAGAAAAACAAGAACAUGCUUUUAAUCUCCUUAAAGAAAAACUUACAACUGCACCAAUUCUUUCUUUGCCUAACUUUGAUAACAUGUUUGAGCUUGAAUGUGAUGCAUCUGGGGUAGGCAUAGGAGCUGUUUGGUUGCAGGAUAGGCAGCCAAUCGCGUACUUUAGCGAAAAGUUGAAAGGAGCUCAAUUGAACUAUCCAACGUAUGACAAGGAGUUAUAUGCUUUGGUUAGAGCUUUGGAAACAUGGCAGCAUUACUUGUGGCCUAGAGAGUUUGUAAUUCACACGGAUCAUGAAUCUCUCAAGUACUUGAAAGGUCAAGGUAAGCUUAGCAAGAGACAUGUUAAGUGGGUGGAAUUCAUUGAAUCAUUUCCCUAUGUAAUCAAAUACAAAAAGCGUGAAGCUCAUGGUGGUGGUUUAAUGGGCCAUUCUGCUACUAACUUUUCCCCAUUUGAAGUUGUGUAUGGUUUCAAUCCAUUGAGUCCACUAGAUUUGAUUCCAAUACCUAUUGAAGAUCGUGCAAGUCUUGAUGGAAAAGCUAAGGCUGAAAUGGUGAAAAGAUUGCAUGAAAGGGUAAGACUCAACAUUGAAAAGAGGACAGAACAAUAUGCAAAGCAAGCCAACAAGGGUCGGAAACAAGUCAUCUUUGAGCCGGGAGAUUGGGUUUGGUUGCAUAUGAGAAAGGAGAGAUUUCAUUCGAAAAGAAAGUCCAAGUUGCAGCCAAGAGGAGAUGGACCAUUCCAAGUGAUUGGAAAAGUCAAUGAUAAUGCUUACAAACUUGACUUACCUGAUUCGAGGACGAAUCCUCUUGAUGAAGAAGGGAAUGAUGGAGGUACACCCAAGCUGAUCAACAAGGACAAGAAGAUGGAUCCAUUAAUCAUUCAAAGUGGACCAAUUACAAGAGCUAGAGCUAAGAAGAUAAAGGAGUCCAUGAUGCUUUUAGUUGAUGAA